AUGAGCCGCCAGUUUCUGCCUGUACUGCUGCUGCUGCUCAGGGCUCCGUGCCCCUGGGGUCAGGAGCAGGGACCCGAGAGCCCCUCAGAGGAGCCUCCAGAGGAGGAAUUCCCCAAGGAGGAUGGGAUCUUGGUGCUGAGCCGCCGCACCCUGGGCCUGGCCCUGCGGGAGCACCCUGCCCUGCUGGUGGAGUUCUAUGCCCCGUGGUGUGGGCACUGCAAGGCCCUGGCCCCCGAGUACAGCAAGGCAGCUGCCCUGCUCGCGGCCGACUCAACGGCGGUCACGCUGUCCAAGGUGGAUGGGCCUGCACAGCCCGAGCUGGCUGAGGAGUUUGGUGUGACGGAGUACCCUACGCUCAAGUUCUUCCGCAACGGGAACCGCACACACCCGGAGGAGUACACAGGACCACGGGAGGCUGAGGGCAUUGCCGAGUGGCUGCGACGGCGGGUGGGGCCCAGUGCCACGCGGCUGGAGGAUGAGGCGGCCGCCCGGGCGCUGAUCGAUGGGCGGGACCUGGUGGUCAUCGGCUUCUUCCAGGACCUGCAGGACGAGGAUGUGGCCACCUUCUUGGCCCUGGCCCGGGACGCCCUGGACAUGAACUUUGGCCUCACAGACCGGCCGCGGCUCUUUGAGCAGUUCGGCCUCACCAAGGACACCGUGGUUCUCUUCAAGAAGUUUGAUGAGGGGCGGGCAGACUUUCCAGUGGAUGAGGAGCUUGGCCUGGACCUGGGGGAUCUGUCGCGCUUCCUGGUCACACACAGCAUGCGCCUGGUCACGGAGUUCAACAGCCAGACAUCUCCCAAGAUCUUCGCGGCCAGGAUCCUCAACCACCUGCUGCUGUUUGUCAACCAGACCCUGGCUGCUCACAGGGAGCUCCUAGCGGGCUUUGGGGAGGCAGCUCCCCGCUUCCGGGGGCAGGUGCUGUUCGUGGUGGUGGACGUGGCGGCUGACAAUGAGCACGUGCUGCAGUACUUUGGCCUCAAGGCUGAGGCAGCCCCCACCCUGCGCUUCAUCAACAUUGAGACCACUAAAAAAUACGCGCCUGUGGAUGGGGGCCCUGUCACCGCAGCUUCCGUCACUGCUUUCUGCCACGCAGUGCUCAACGGCCAAGUCAAGCCCUAUCUCCUGAGCCAGGAGGUUCCCCCUGACUGGGAUCAGCGGCCAGUGAAGACCCUCGUGGGCAAGAAUUUUGAGCAGGUGGCUUUUGACGAAACCAAGAAUGUGUUUGUCAAGUUCUAUGCCCCGUGGUGCACCCACUGCAAGGAGAUGGCGCCUGCCUGGGAGGCGCUAGCUGAGAAGUACCAAGACCAUGAGGACAUCAUCAUCGCUCAGCUGGAUGCCACGGCCAAUGAGCUGGACGCCUUCGCCGUGCACAGCUUCCCUACCCUCAAGUACUUCCCAGCAGGGCCAGGUCGGAAGGUGAUUGAAUAUAAAAGCACCAGGGACCUGGAGACCUUGUCCAAGUUCCUGGACAACGGGGGCGCGGUGCCCACGGAGGAGCCCACGGAGGAGCCGGCAGCCCCGUUCCCGGAGCCACGGGCCAACUCAACUGUGGGGUCCAAGGAGGAGCUGUAGCUACCCCCGUGUCCCUCCCCCCGUCACCGCUGGACAGGAGGCACCUCCUUGGGUGCUGGAGGGAGCUGUGCAUUGUGAAUAAAGAGCUUGGUUCUGGA